ACCAACUGUUCAGGGAUGGGCAGGGCAGGGCUGGAGCUCCCUCACGUCACUGCCGCGUGUCGCCAGGGCGGGGACUUUGCCACCCCGGACAGCCACCAAAGCUCUCCCCAUCUGUGCCAGGGACCCGCGCGGGACAGCAGCUGUCUCGGGGCUCCUGUCAGUGCCCUGGACACAGACAAUAACAGAUUGACCAGAUCCGAAAUGAUGGCAACAGUCAAGGGUGUCUCAGCUUUCAGUGCUGAGCAAGAAGCACAGGCACUAAGGAAGGCCAUGAAGGGCCUUGGCACGGAUGAAGAUGCCAUCAUUGAGACCUUGACCAAACUGAACGUUUCCCAACGUCAGCAAGUUCUGAUCACCUAUAAAAGCACUAUUGGCAGGGAUUUGAUUGAUGACUUGAAGUCUGAGCUGAGUGGGAAUUUUGAAAGGGUGAUCAUUGGUUUGAUGACUCCUACCACCAUGUAUGACGUGCAUGAGCUGAGGAGGGCUCUAAAGGGAGCAGGGACAGAUGAAGGCUGCCUGAUUGAAAUCCUGGCUUCUCGCACCAACGCGGAGAUCCGGCACAUCAAUGAGAACUACAAACUGCAGUACGGCUCCACCCUGGAGGACGACAUUGUCUCUGACACCUCCUCCAUGUUCCGCAGGGUCCUCGUGUCCCUCGCCACGGGCAACAGAGAUGAGGGAACAUUUGUGGACGAGGCCCUUGCUCAACAAGAUGCUCAGGCCCUGUAUGAAGCUGGGGAGAAGAAAUGGGGAACAGAUGAGGUGCAGUUCAUGUCCAUCCUCUGCACAAGGAACAGGUGCCACCUGCUCAGAGUUUUUGAUGUGUACAGAGUGAUUGCUAACAAGGACAUCACAGACAGCAUUAAAUCCGAGAUGUCAGGAGACCUUGAGGAUGCUUUGUUAGCUGUGGUAAAGUGCAUGAGGAAUAAACCUGCUUAUUUUGCUGAAAGAUUGUACAAAUCCAUGAAGGGCCUGGGCACUGAUGACAGCACGCUGAUCCGGGUGAUGGUGUCCCGUGCUGAGAUAGACAUGCUCUACAUCAGGAGGGAGUUCCUGGCCAUGUAUGGAAAAUCACUCCACUCCUUCAUUAAGGGAGACUGCUCAGGGGACUACAGGAAGGUUCUGCUCAGGCUGUGUGGUGGGGAGGAUUAAAGGAGGCCUGGAGAACCUGCUGGGUGAUGGGAAGCAGCUGAUCAUAGAAUGGUUUAGGUUGGAAAAGACCUUUAAGAUCAUUGAGCUUUAUCAAUCAUGAUAAAGAUUUAUUUCUUUUUUUUUUUCCCCAAAUGCCUUAUUAAUUACCCUGAUUACUGACUUAGGUUAGUUCAUGUUCUGGUUAGAUAGUGGCCAUUCUGGUUGACCCUUUUGGUGCACUUUUAUGCUUGGAACACCCAUUUGCCUACUAACUGGGCUGGUGAAGCCCAACUUACACAGAAGGCUGUAACCAAAGGUAUAAAAGUUGUUUCCUGAGCAGCUGCCCCUCUGCUGUUGUGUUCACCAGCAAAAUGCAUCAGCUAAAGCAAACCUGAGAGUGGGAGGCUGCACAGGCAAAAGGCAACAUGGAGUCUGCAGAACAUGGGUUUGCUUCAGUUUUUCAGCAGAACUAAAACACAAAGAAACCAAAUAUCUAAAAUACAAACAUGUUUACAUAUUAACUUGCCUCUGUUAGUGUGGAGCAUUAACAGCCUGGCUGUGCUGUGUGUAUAUGUUGCUGUAAGUGGGGAAUUGUCACUGGUGACAUGAGAAAAACCUUCUUCUGCCCUGGUUAGAGCAGCCCUGUGUUUUUGGUCUGUCUGCUGGAUCAUGGGAGUAUAAAUAAUGUGUGUUACAUUAGAAACCCUGCUCUGGAUAAA